CAGAGCCACCCAGGGGCCAGGAGAGCGCAGGUCCCCGGUCCCCCAGCCUUGGCAGACUGCACGUGGACGGACAGCGGACGGGGCAUGACGGUGGCCCGGCGGUCCUUGCCACGGGCCACGGCGGCCACCCGGCGCUAGAGGGGUGCCGCCUGCUCCCCGCCGCGGGGCAGGCCAUGCCGGGCAGCGAGCAGGCGCUGGGGCGGGCGCUGCAGGGCGGCCCGGCCUCGCCCGGCUGCGGGCACUGAGUGUCCCGGGGCACCCCCGUCCCCCCCCAGCAGCUGCCGGGACCAUGGGCUGCCGGCAGAGCUCGGAGGAGAAGGAGGCGGCACGGCGCUCCCGCCGCAUCGACCGGCACCUGCGCUCGGAGAGCCAGCGGCAGCGCCGGGAGGUAAAGCUGCUCCUGCUGGGCACCAGCAACUCGGGCAAGAGCACCAUCGUCAAGCAGAUGAAGAUCAUCCACAGCGGCGGCUUCAACCUGGAGGCGUGCCGCGAGUACAAGCCGCUCAUCGUCCACAACGCCAUCGACUCGCUGACCCGCAUCAUCCGCGCCCUGGCCGCCCUGCGCAUCGACUUCCACAACCCCGACCGCGCCUACGACGCCGUGCAGCUCUUCGCACUGACGGGCCCGGCCGAGAGCAAGGGCGAGAUCACGCCCGAGCUGCUGGGCGUCAUGCGGCGGCUGUGGGCCGACCCCGGGGCCCAGGCCUGCUUCGGGCGCUCCAGCGAGUACCACCUGGAGGACAACGCCGCCUACUACCUGGACGAGCUGGAGCGCAUCGCCGCACCCGACUACGUGCCCACCGUCGAGGACAUCCUGCGCUCCCGGGACAUGACCACGGGCAUCGUGGAGAACAAGUUCACCUUCAAGGAGCUCACCUUCAAGAUGGUGGACGUGGGCGGGCAGCGGUCCGAGCGCAAGAAGUGGAUCCACUGCUUCGAGGGCGUCACGGCCAUCAUCUUCUGCGUGGAGCUCAGCGGCUACGACCUGAAGCUCUACGAGGACAACCAGACAAGCCGAAUGGCCGAGAGCCUGCGCCUCUUCGACUCCAUCUGCAACAACAACUGGUUCGUCAGCACGUCCCUCAUCCUCUUCCUGAACAAGAAGGACCUGCUGGCCGAGAAGAUCCAGCGCAUUCCGCUCACCGUCUGCUUCCCCGAGUACAAGGGCCAGAGCACCUACGAGGAGGCCGCCGUGUACAUCCAGCGCCAGUUCGAAGGCCUCAACCGCAACCGGGAGACCAAGGAGAUCUACUCUCACUUCACCUGCGCCACUGACACCAGCAACAUCCAGUUCGUCUUCGACGCGGUGACGGACGUCAUCAUCCAGAACAACCUCAAGUACAUCGGCCUCUGCUGAGGCGCCGCGGCCACGUGCCCAGCCCCGGGAAGCCGCGUCCGCCACGAGCCCUCCUGCCCGCCGCCCUCCGCCCGGGGCUCGGUGGCACCCAGACCCAGGACCUCGCUGCAGCCCAGGGUGGGGGGACACGUCCGGGGGGACGUGUGCCGUCUCGGCUCGUCGCCCCCGUUGGCCCGCUCACGUCUCCCGGGCACAUCCCACGAGGCCACGCGGCCACGCUCGCCAGGCCGUCGGCCACUCGCAGCAGUUUCUAAAUGGCUUCGAAAUCCGCACGCCGGGGAAAGAGGGAAACCGAGUCCCUCCAGCUAGGCCAGCCGGAGUCCAGCUUUUCUUCUAUCACUAUGUUUUCUAAAUCGAAACCCAGUUUUUCUUCUCCGACCUCCUUCGUUUUGGCCAAAUCUGGUGGCGUUUCGCAGGAAAACAAAACAAAACGCCAAGAGACUUUCCACUGCAGUUGAGUAUUCUUUUUUAAAAUGCAGAUCUUAAAAAUGUAUUUUUUUUUUCCCCAGGUGGUCAUUGUGUCUGGCUUGCUGAGUGUCAAAAAUUAUUUGGACGGCUCUGUCCCUCUGCCCCAAAGAAAUUCCGGGGCACAAGGGCCCCCCGCGUCCGCCCCGAGGGACACGUGUUGUACAUAAGCCUCUGCAGAGUCUUCUCGUUAGUGGUGCAGUUUUCUGCUUCGUUUUUAUUUAAGAAAAUAAACGUGACGUAUUUAAAGAGGGCUCUUCGCCUCGGAGCAAAUGAACAAUAGCUAAAUGUCUUGGUAUUUAAGGAGUAAAUCAUCCGUGGCUUUGCCAAGCGAAGGAAGCGGGUGGCGGGGAUGGCAGACCCCAGGGUCUGCGCCCGAGAAGGACCGAGAGCCACCGCGGUCCCUGUGACGGCCCAGCCGGGCGGUGGCCUGAGGGAGGGCCGGGCCAGGGGGCCCUGCGGACUCCGUCGGGAGGGGAGCGACCGCCACAGCCCUGGCCAGACUUCGUCCUCCUCUCCGGCCUUCGCUGGGUGCCCUCGGCUCAAGGGCAGCGUGCGGAACCCCCCAGCCGGGGACUCUAAGGAAUGGACGGAGGGAGAAAGAGGGGCUGGUGGCAGAAUGCAAGUCCCCGUCUGUCAACUUUAAGGAAAUAAACCCCCCUGAACGGAGCGAGCAUCGUCCUGUGUG